AUGAAGAAGAGUGGUGCUCUGGUGAUCGGAAAGAAGAGGAGGGGAGAGAAUGAGGUGAUGACGUGGAAGGCGCCGGAGGAAGGGUGGUGCAAAGUGAACGUCGAUGGAGCUUGCACCACCUCGUGCGGCGUUCAGGUGGUGGCUUGCGGAGGACUCUUGAGAAACCACCAAGGAACCUUCCUACAAGGCUUCAUGAUGAAAACUUGCUCCACAUUUGAAUGCAAUAACUGUACCCGCCACGCGACCAACCACGCGCGUGGUCUCGGCGAUGCUCAACUCUGGGGCUGCCUCUUGGGGCUCAAGACCUCAUGGGACUUCGGCGUCAGAAAGCUCGUCAUCGAGACGACGGACCCCACGGCGGCGAUCGUGGCGAUGAAUCAUCCGGGAAGUCUGGAAGAAAGCUCGAAAAGGCCACAAGAGAGAGAUUGGACGAUGGUGAGUGAGAUUCAGCAAUUGUUGGAGAGAAGCUGGGAGGUGAGAGUUACAGUGGUGAAUCGUGACUUCAAUGUUGCGGCUCAUGCAUUGGCUCAAGCUGCACUGUCUUGCGCCUCUGGUUUCCAAUGGCUUCACUCUUUGCCUCCUCAUGUUCUUGAGGUCGUGCUUCGAGAAGCUUCAUCAGGGAACAAAAAAGUCAGAUAA